GUUUUUGCGUAUGAAAAUUACAUUUACAUACCUGUACUAGUUUUUGAUAGUGUCUAAGAAAAAACGAGCGCUUAACUCGCUAAAACUUUUUACUCCGUACCUAAAAUGACAUAACUCAAGGUGAUGGAUGCAGGUCUAGAGAGUUAUCAAAUGAGGUAAUAAUAUAAUAAAAUAACUACCACUAAAAUUCUUUUUAGUGCCUUCAUCGGAUUGGACUCGCAAAAGACAAGUCCCGGCGUUGUCGCAUUCCACGACGUCUACGUCUUCGCGAUGGCCUCCCAGCAACAUGGAAACACGGUCUUUAUGACCGAGCAGGAAUCGGAGCGCAUUCGGAAUAUUGCCAAAAACAGGCUGAAGAAAUGCUCCGAACUUGCUGGCAACGCGCGGGAAAGGAGAGAUGCGACGGCUGCCAAACAGCAAGCGACUGGCGCAUCUCUCAUGGCCGAUAUGGGAGCGCCGGACCCUGACCUGGCACAAACGAAAGGCCGAGCAGGCACAUUCCCGGCUCUCCCUGUAGGACAAGUAUAUCCGCCGUGCGUCGUCCCGCUUGAGGACUUGCAGCCUAUAAAAUUAGCGGAUCUCCGAAUGGAGACUCAUCAUCGUGGCCGUCGACUCACUGUGAAGCGCGCGAGCCCAGUAGUCCCGCUAAUAGCGAGGCCAUGGACCAUGGUGCGGGAGGAAGGAGAAGAAGAGGAUAUGGAGCGUCUAGAGCUAUGCUUGCACAAAUCAAGACACGGCGAAGAGGUGCUGGAGUCGGCAUCUAGCUAUAUCAUAAAAGAGCCUUACUUCACUCUCACAGAUCAAGGCGAACCCACGAUCCGGGUUGAUCACCCUUCAGAUCUAAUCGUCUGCCGGGAUGAAAUAGGUAGCGCUAAAGACGCGACAGAUGCAGAGAAGGUCGCGAAGAACUGCAAAGACAAGGGCAACUCUGCCCUCGAAAAGAAUAAAUUAGCCUUAGCUCAUGCAAAGUAUACAGAAGGUCUUAAAGCCGCCAGACAAGGCACCGUAUCUGAAGCUAACCCUGACUUGGCGCGAGAUCUUUUCCGCAAUCGAGCUCAUGCCAACCUUCUUCUAAACCAGCUAGACGAGGCUAAGAGUGAUGCAAAGGCCGCUCUAAUCGGCAAAGAAGACGAGCGGUCCAAAGACCUUGACAGCAAGGCGUAUUUCCGCGCCGGCUCUGCCGCGUAUAAUCUCGGCGAAUACCGGGAAGCAAAAGGCUUCUUUGAAGAGCAGCUGAAUCUCAGCCCCGACAACAAAACUGCGAUCGCCUACUUGAAAAACAUCGAGGUGCGCAUCCGCGAGCAGGAGACGGGGGCGUAUAACUUCAAGAAGAUCAGAGCCAACCUGUCCAGAGCCCGUCCGCGCGUCGACGCAGCAAGUUUCUUAAGCAACACCAAGGUAGAGGAGAGCAAGGGGCGGGGCCGCGGCUUAUUCGCGACACGCGAUAUCCCCGCCGGAGAGAUCGUCAUAUGCGAGAAAGCUUUCUGCGUGGUUUGGGGCCACGAUAAGGAGGCCCUGACGGCAAUGACAUACGACGUGAGGGACGACAGGAUCCGGGUAUCACCCGUUGGCCUAAGCAAGGCCAUCGUACAGAAGCUUCUGAGCAACCCGUCCCAGGUCGAAAAAGUAAUGGAUCUAUAUGGCGACUACGCGGGCGACGGUACCAACGUGUCGAAAACGGAAGAUGGCCCCGUGGUCGACACGUUCCGAAUCCACGACAUCGUAUCCCGCAACGCGUUCGGCCCGGGAAGCCAAUUCGGAGACGAAGGCGUCAGCAACGCGAGCACCGGCCUCUGGAUCUGGGCCGCGUACAUCAACCACUCGUGCGUCGCCAACGCCAAGAAGGAAUACGUCGGCGACCUGAUGGUAGUGCGCGCCACGCGGGCCAUCGCCGCGGGCGAGGAGAUCUUCCACAGCUACGACGAGUCCGGCGACUUCGACGCGAGGCGAGCGGCGCUGGCGACCACAUGGGGCUUCGAGUGCGGCUGCCCGCUGUGCGCCGCGGAGAAGACGGACAGCUCCGCGGCGCGCAAGAAGCGGCGGGACCUAGCAGACGACGCGGACCAGUUCGUGGCGACGGAGCACUACCUCGACGCGAAGAGACUUGCGGUCUCGAAGGCGAAGCGGCUUUUGAAAGCUAUCGAGGACACGUACGACGGGGACAAGUACAAGGACUUGCCGCGGCUCGCGACGCGGAGGAUUCAGGAGUGGCUUGCUCUGGCGAACCAGAAGCGGUAGCCUGUAUUAGGUAGGGAGGGAGCUAUGCAUAUUAUACUAGAACUAAAAUAAAGUAAAAUAAAAAUCUGAACAAUA